AUGAUUUUGGUCAUUUUUUUCUUUUUGUUCUCCUUUGGAGGAGCCAAAAAGAAGAAAAAGUCGAAAAAAGACGAUUCAAUUUUUAAUAAAGUGAACAAUGAAGAAGAAAAUGUUGCGCAUUUACCAAAAAGAACAGCAUUACCAACACCAACGCCUCUUGCAACAUCCACACCAUAUCCUACACCUACUAAAACGCCAAUAGAAUGGAAAAGACUCGUAGAUUUUGACAAACUCAAACCAAAAGUUUUAGCAGAUUUUAUAGACUUUGUUAAACCAACACCAUAUCCAUCUCCUACGCCUGUUCCACCUGAAACACCUGCCCCAACUCCAUAUCCUACGCCAUCACCAUCAUAUAACAAGUAUUGGUAUCUUUACCAAUUAAGGCCUCAAGAAGACACUAAAAUCACUGAUGAAUACGACAAUAUGCCAUCUACAUCGACUUCUGCACACAAACCACAUCAUUUUACACGCACUCCUGUUGCUACUCCCGCUCCUACAAAAAUUAAUUUGACAGAGCUUGAAGAGCAUGGUCUUGAUCUGUUUCAAAUCAAACUAGGUAGUGAUUCAGACUAUUACAAUGAGAAUACAACAGAUCAUUUCCCAGAUGAUAUAUUUUUUGAAGGAAAAACGCAUAAAAAGAAAGAACUUGCAAAGAACAAGAAGAGAAAACGCAUUUAUAAUACAGAUGACAAGAUUACAUGUCAUAGAUCUGCAAAAUUAGUCGAUGAUACUUGUAUUUGCCAAUUUGGUCUUGUUGGCGAUGGAUACAAUCAGUGCAUAUUCCCUAAGCCAAGCAUAGUAUCAAUCAAGCCAAGGAGGUUGAGUUCGAUCGUCAGAACAAAAGUUACGAUCAAAUUGGCAAAAACGAAGUUUAUCCCUCAAAGUGUCUUUUGUAUGGUCGGGACAACGAUUAUUCAAGGUGAAAUCAUCAGUGAAACGAAAGUUCAAUGUGAUGUAGCACCAAGAAUUGGAAGAUCAAGGCUAGGAGUAUCAUUUGAUGGCAAAACAUGGGAUAAGGAAAAGAUUCCUAUUAUAUUUGAAAGAAAAUUUAUUGCUUUCCUUAGAAUUUUUAUUAAUUUUUCCAAUACUCUCAUUGUAUCGGUUAUUAUUAUAGGAUGUGCAAUUUUUUACAGAUUUUAUUAUCUGAAUAAGGUUGCUGAACGAAUUUUGAAAGAAAUUGAAGCUCAAAAAAGAUUAGAAGAAGAAAGACGAAUAAAGAUAUCAAAGAGAAGAAACAAAGCUAAAAAAUUGUCUGAAAGAAAGCAAAUUCUUCAAAAUUCUUAA